AUGCCGGAAAAAAUAAUAAAACGGCAUCAAAAGCUUGCAGCGAAAAUGGCGAAAAAACAUAAUACAGAACCACAGACAAUCACACAUUCAAUGUUUCAUGGAACAACAUAUUGUUGUGAUCCAAUUACAAUGUUAAGAACUAAAGCUGAACUAUGUGAAAAUAAAGAGUGUGCAAUGUGUAAAAUCCUUAGAAAGGGAAAUAAAAUGCGUAAAGUCAGAAAUCGAUGGUGGUGGUGGAAGAAGUCGGGGAUUAUGUCGUCGAAUGACCCGGCGAAUUCAUUAACUUCUUCCUUGAAGCAACGAAACCAUCAGCCAUAUAUUAUGUUUGUUUUGGAUGUGCUUUCCCCUUUAUCAGGCUAUAAACUCAAAACUCUUAACAACGCAGCUACAAUACCGAAAUAUUUGAUCAUAUUUGAAUACAUAGAUCCUAAUGAACAUAUUGCAAAACGAAUUUUAGAACUUUCUGAAAACUAUUAA